CUGUAACCAUACAGGUGAUACACAGAUAUCUGUUGGGUAGAAGGACGCAAUCCACGACCACCAUGCUACGUAAACCCAUCAUGGCGUCUAUGCUUGUUCUGGCUUUGACCGCAGCCUUGACAUCCAACAGCAAAGGAGUGGUCAGGGCAUCUCAGCGUGGGCAGGCCACCAGGAUGAUGAAGAACAGCUGGUGGAGUAAACGAUCAUCAACGCUUCCUAACACCUCGACUUCGACCAAUGACUUCGUCGCAAAUUCUCCUCUGGACGACCAGCCGAUUGAAGAUCUCAAUGCGCAAAUAUUCCUGAACAAUUAUUGGAAAGAAGUUUCAGGAGACCUCACUGGAGUGGACAGAGACUUCCAUCCAGAUGUCCUGGAGCUGCUCUUCUCUCCUUGUUCAUCUCCCUACUCUGCCAACUACCAGGCUCAGCCUCCGCUCUCUUAUUACGUUGCUCUUAGAAAAGCUCUGCAGACCGUUACCAGAAGGAAAAGGGACACCCUGGCCAAGUUUUUGAGGGACUAGUACUCCAAUGAGCCAUUCCUUGAAGAUCUGAGACGAUGGGGAUACAAUCCACAAUGAAGUAAAAUCCUCUUGUAGUUUAAAAUAUAUAUUCUUGUACAGGAUUAAAGCUUUCGACCAUCAACUGUGGUCUUGUUCACUAAACUACAAGAGGAUUUUACUUCAUUGUGGAUUGUAUCCCCAUUUAUUUAGAGGUACGACAUAGUACCUGGCUUCUGCAUCUGAGACGAUCUUACCGAGCGAUUUCUCCGAGAUGAUACAUAGCAUGCGUUUUUUCAAGUCUUCCUGACAAAGUAGAGGGAAUUUAUUUUAGAGUUGAUUUAAAGAUCGGCUGACGUACUGGAAGAGGAAUGACAGGUCAUCUUGCAAUGGCUUUUGAAGAUAUCAAUUCAAAGGAUCGUCCAACUAAAGCUACUUAGAGCUUAUAACGUCCUUUCCAGAAGGAGAAAAUAUAAUUUUACCAAUUUUUCAAGAUCUUCAGAACUUUAAAAGUCCUAUCUAGAAGGUCUAAUGAUCUUAAAAGCUUUUGAAGGCAUGUUCAGAAGGAUUAGAGAUUUUCUAACUAUGGUUGCAGGAUUUUCAGAAUCUCAAGUGCUUUUGAAGGCCUAUUGAGAAGAAUUAAAAGGUAUUCUUACCGAACUUUUAUGAUCAGAGGACCUUUUUAAGGCAUUUCUCGAAGCAACUACGCCAUUCUACUAGGUUUUCUAUACCUGCAGAGCUCCUGAAUUCCUUUCUAAAUGAUAAAAUGCAUCAUACAAUUCCCCAAAGGUAUAUGGAUGGAACACAACAUCAGUGAAAUACAGAGAUUCAAUCAUUUCCCUCACUUGUUAAUUCAACAAGAAAAGAAAUGGUCCUCCUCUGACAGGAUAAUAAGGGUUUCUGUAUUCUCUCUCCAAACCACCAUAAAUACCAGAUAAAUGUUUUCAUAUAACGGAAAUAUUUAACUCGGGAAUGAGGCUGCACAACAGAUAUUACAAGAUUACUCCAACUGCACACACUAUAAGGCAGCCAUCAUGUUAAUAUUUCUGAAAACUAAAACACUAACCUCAUUGAGUUUUUUCUCUAUUGAGCAUAAGGAUCUACAAACUCUUUCAAACUGUCGAUCAAAAAUAUCUUCGAAUUAAAUCAUGAAUUCCUUUUUAAUUAACCUGAAGUUAAAUAUUCAUUAGAUAUUCUUUUUACUACUUUAAAUGAGUGAGUAUUUAAAUAUAGUAUCAAAAUUUACAA